AUGGAGCAGACUUUUAUCAUGAUCAAGCCCGACGGCGUCCAGAGAGGCCUGAUUGGAGAUAUCAUCAGCCGAUUUGAGAAGAAAGGAUUCUACUUGAAGGGGAUGAAGUUUAUGAAUGUGGAGAGGUCCUUCGCGCAGAAGCACUACGCCGACCUCUCCGCCCAGCCCUUCUUUGCUAAGUUGGUGGAGUACAUCAUUUCCGGCCCUGUUGUUGCAAUGGUGUGGGAGGGGAAGGAUGUUGUGCUGACUGGCCGCAGGAUUAUUGGCGCCACCAGGCCUUGGGAGGCAGCUCCUGGCACCAUCCGUGGUGACUAUGCCGUGGAAGUUAGCAGGAAUGUCAUUCAUGGAAGUGAUUCUGUGGAGAACGGGAAGAAGGAAAUCGGUCUCUGGUUCCCUGAUGGUCCCUCGGAGUGGAAGAGCAACCUCCACCCUUGGAUCUACGAGGUUUGA